GCCAGAGCCGUCCCGAGGGAUACGGGGUGGGAGUAUGGGCGUAUACACUUGGAAAAUAUGCGUCCGGGCCGUUGACAUAAUUACGCGUGUUACCGCUGUAUUGUACCACCAAAUGCAAGAUAGUAUUCACGGGAAUACAACUAAUAUACCGCAGUUAUUAUCGUAGUCCUAAGGAGUAAAAUGUCAUAAACUAUAAUCUGGAAAUCCACCAUCAUUUGUUCAAGAACUGAUUAAACCAAUCUUGGAUCAUCUUUCGAUAUGGUCAUCAUGCCAGAAGGGAAGGAGGAGAUAUGCGAGGGCUGCACUGUGGUUAUUCAGAAGGGCACUUACCUUAAGACAUGCCGUGUCUUACGGGGCAGGACCUAUGCAUUUGGUAAACGAGGUGGUGGUCAAUUUACUUUAAAUAUUGAAGGUGCUCUUGGCUGCCUAUUUGGGUCUUCCUUCAAAAUGGAGAAGACAUCAAACAAACUGUUCAAGAUUCAAAAGACAGAAGACUUUAGUAGCUCUCUUGAUAUUGUGAUGGAGGGAGGGGAGGACAACCGUGACCUACGAGAUGAUGGCCGGUCCCAGAAGUUAACACCGGAGGAAAUUAUCCAGCUUAAAGAUUCGGGGUUGACAGGAAAAGAGGUCAUUCAGACAAUCACAGAAAGUAGUACAACAUUCAAAGAUAAAACAGUAUAUUCCCAAGAAAAGUAUGUAAAAAAGAAACAAAAGAAAUAUGAUGAAAUCAUCGUCAUACACAGACCAUCUAUACGACUGCUGUGUAAUAUGUAUUACACUCAAGAUCCACUUAAAAUAUCUUUGAAGUUGGCCAGGAAUCAUUGUGGUCUCUUCUUCAGCAACCUUCGCCUUGAUACGUUGUCUCAGCUGCUGUGUCAUGUUAACGUACAGCCGGGUGGUUGCUUUGCUGUAUUUGAAUCCGGCACUCAGGGUCUAGUGACUGCUGCCAUGUUACAUCGUAUGGGCACAACAGGACACUUGGUUCAAAUAUAUCAUGGAAAUCACCCACAGAGAGAUGCGGUAGACCUCAUGAACUUCACAACACAAGAACUGGAGGUACUCUCAUUUAUCAACUUGACCAAACUACCAGAGGUUGCUCAAAAACAAGAAUCUACUGCAAAUGGAACUGAAGAAAUGGAGAUUAAUUCUAAAAAUGAAGAUGAUAAAAAAGGAGAAGACAUCGAUUCAUUAACUAGAGUAAUAAAGGCAGAGAACUCUGAACAAGCGACGGAGAAAACCAGUGAUGAUGCAGAGGGUAAGAAAAAGGAAUUUACAAGGCCCCGCAAGUUUGUAAGAAGUCAAGUACAGGAUGUGCAAGUAUCAUCAGCCGUGCUGCGUGAAUGCAUCGAAGGUCUUGUUGUGGCUUGUCGUCAGUACCCCAACAACAUCACAAGAGAUUUAUUGCAGUACCUCAAACCUGGUCAUCCAUUUGUUAUUUUCUCUCCUUAUAAAGAGCCUCUGAUGGAACUCUUUAUGGAAAUGAAAGCCCAAAAUGGUACAAACCUACGACUUAGUGAGACGUGGUUACGACACUACCAAGUGCUGCCUCAGCGUACGCAUCCAGAAAUUAACAUGUCAGGUGGUGGUGGAUAUCUUCUUUAUGGCACAAGAAUCAUGAAGGAAUAAAACGGUGAAGACAUCUUAUCAUAUUUUAAAAAUCCACAAUAGACAAGGCAAGGUUGUUAGGUGGCAACUAUUAAGUAUGGUCAGCAAGUACCCCUGUACAAUAUUCCCCUUUACAAUUAUGUAAUGGUUAUUCUUGGUCACUCAAUGAAUCACUACAGUGCUAUUCCUUUUACCCGAAUUCCAACUACUGUACAGUAAAACCCUCUUUACCCAGUCUCUUUUUAACCAGAUUUCUAUUUUAUCUGGACUAACUUCUGUUAAUCCAGAUUGAGUCUGGAUUAACUGGAAAUAGUUCGGAUCUACCCACAUGGUGUCAAAACACUUUUGAAUCACUUGAAUCUAUAACUUGCACUAAUUUUAUGUUAUGAUAAACAAUAAAAUUGAUACAAAACACAUCAUAAAAUACAAUACUACAUAUUUUGUUAAAAAAGAGUGCUCCUUCCACUUUCAAAUCAUUCUCUGGGUGACACAUUAGAGUUCAGCCAGGCAGACAAUCAGCUGACUGCAAGGCGUGUGCGAUUAUGUCCAUAAUGUUACAUCGGGGGAGUCGGCAACGCAACGCAGUUACAGCCUACUGCCUCAAUGAGUCCACGCAUACAUUCACUUCCCACACACUGUAUACACACACACACACACACACACACUCUCUUCAUUUUUCUUAUUUUAAUUUUAUAGUUUAAUAUUAUAUUUUCUUGACUUCUAAGUCACAUUAAAGUGGUCUCUCAAUUUUCACGGGGGUUACUAACACUCGGGUCUCGGGGAGAUGUAACAGUAUGGCUGGGAACGUGAGUGAAACAGAGGAGAGGCAGGAAGCUGCGGUCUGCUGUAGUGAUGCCCGGCGGUUUCUUCCGGAAACUCGUUCGCGCUCAACUGCAUAUGAAAUCGGUAAUAUACAGUAAUACCUGUUGCAAUGAAAAUAUAUCUCUGAUGAAAAUCCAUGAAGUCAAAAUCACAAAUAAAAAAUCCACAAAAAAAGGAACUGCGCUGUAUUGUAAUGAUUAUUCGACAACUUUUAUAGUUUCAUUACAUGUAACGAUCACAGGCCACCUCAUCCCCAAUUUUUCCUUUCCCAGUGAGUCAUGCUAUCGCUGAACCAGAUUUUGACCUAAUGUUAAUUAUUGCAUGUUCUUGUAGGCACGUCCGGGUAUCAAAACAUCGUUGGACUCGAUGAGUUCGGAUAAAAGGAAUUGCACUAUAGUAUAGGAAAAGAAAAUUUAUUUGCCAAUUCUCCUGUUCUUUGCAGCACCACUUUGUAAUGUCACCCUUUAUUAAAAUCCUAUUGUUGUUACCGGUGAAUGCUGCUUUUAUUUUGCAUCUUCUAUUUAUCCAAGAGACACUAUUAUACAGUGUUCAAGUUCCAUCUACUUUCCUGUUUGUAUAUGCAGUACUUACAGUUAACUCUUGUCUUUUAAUUUGUUAUUCCAUAAUUGUGAAGGAAGGUGGUUAAUGAGACAUUAAUUUAAUAGGCUCACCAAAGUGUAGAAUUCUUGAACCUGUGAGAGGUGUGUUGUGGUAUGUUUAACACUUGAUGGUGAAUGACCAAAGAUGUUUGGGGAUGGACUUGCUACAUGUACAGUACAGGAGAAAAAAAAAUGCCGAAAGUUAUGUACAGAAUGUAAGAAUAGGCAUAUCUUGCAGAGAAUAAUGUUAAAUUUGAGAACAAGUCGUUAUCUACGAAGUUAUACUGUGGAAGGAUGGUGGGAAAAAAUAAUCAAUGGAGGAAGUCCCUCAUUUGUUAAUAAUUCCAUGGGGAACCAAGACAACCAAUUUGUUACUUCAAGAUAAAUCUUUAAAGGUUUUUAGCAAUAUUAAAGUAUUAAUAUUAGGCUGCACAGCACAGUAAAACUUCAAUUUUCUGGAUUUAUUAUUGCAUAAGAUGGUCCAAAACAAUGGAAUUUUAAGUAUAUACUGUAAUGAAACUACUCCUACCAUCCCCUCACGGUACAGUAUAAUCUCGUAAACACAAACUGUAAGGGAACACCUGCUGGGUAAUGUGAAGUUUGCCUUACUGUAGAUUAUAUAUAUUUUUUAUCUACACUACUCCCUAAGGUAGUAAGUAUUACAGUGCUUUUUAUAUUUUCAGGAAUUGUACACUACCAGGUAAUUUAUUGUGCAGUGAAACCUGUGACUUAUGUGUUUUAACACACCAAACUGUAAACAGUAGUUACUUUCUCCCCAAAAUGUAAUCACUACAGUACAGGUAAUCCGCAUAUAUAUAGUACAAUAAUUUAGAUUGCAGCAAAAGUAAUCACUGUCGUAAAAUGUUUGGGAAUUUGCCAAUGGCGUACAGUACAAGAAACUUCUAGACGUGGAGAGAAGAGUUAGUUGAUGCUUGAGCAUGAGAGGGUGAACAUGCACCUGCCUCUCAGUUGUAUUGUACAGGUAUAAGUACAGUCUUGUGUCAUAUCUAUUUGUCUAUAUUUCAUGUUUUUUAAUCAAUUUAUAUUGUAUGAUGCCGUAAAUAUAAUUGUACUGGACUGUAUGUAUUUAUAAGUCUUUUUAUUAAGCUAAAGUGUUUCCUAAAUAAAAAAUCAGACCAAUUA